UUCUUUUGUCAGCAAUUUACUCUCCCUUGGACCUGCCAUCUGCAUCCUGCAGAAACAUCACACUUACACUAUGGGAAGCGGCACCUCAACCCAACAUCAUUUUGCUUUCCAGAAUGCAGAGAAAGGGACUGGGAUACUGCAUGUAGGUCGAGGGCGAGGUCCGGAUAGCUGGGUGUUUCCCCAGCUCCAUGCUCGCUACGUCUUGAAUCUUUUGGAUGAAACCAGGAAACAUCUGGUACAACUGCCUGACAUCAAUCAUGUCUCCACCUGUUACAGUGAGGAGAUCACAGUGUGUGGAGACUUACACAGUCAGCUUGAUGACUUAAUAUUUAUAUUUUAUAAGAAUGUCCUCCCGUCACCAGAGAGAACCUAUGUCUUCAACAGUGACUUCGUGGAUCGAGGCAAGGACUCAGUAGAGAUCCUGAUGAUUCUCUUUGCCUUCAUGUUGGUUUACCCAAAAGAGUUCCAUCUUAACCAAGGAAAGCAUGAGGAUCCUAUGGUGAACCGACACUAUGUCUUCACCAAGGAAGUGACUGAAUAUAAGACACAUGGCUAGAAAAUACUAAAAAUACUGCAAGAUGAUUUCUGUUGGCUUCUGCUGGCCACUCUGGUUGAUGAGAAAGCCCUGAUUCUUCAUGGUGGAGUGGCAGACAUGACUGACCUGGAGCUUUUGGCUAAACUAGACAGGCACAAGGUCAUAGAUAUACUGUGGAGUGGCUCCAUGGCCCAGGAGGGCUGCAAGGCCAACACCGUUUGAGCGGGCUGUUUCUUUGGGCCUAAUGUGACAGAGCAGUUGUUACAGAAAUACAACCUGCAAUUCUUGAUCUGCUCACACGAGUGCAAACCCGAAGGCUGUGAAGUCUGCCAUGGCCGCAAGGUGGGUGACCCUCUCCAUCUUUUCUGCUCCAGUUACUAUGAAGUUGGCAGCAACAGAGAGGCCUGUGUCAGACUGGGGCCGGCCCACCCCCACAUUGUGCAGUAUCAAGCUGACAAGGCAACCCACAUGCUAACCAUGAGGCAACGGAUUAGCAGAGUAGAGGAGUUCGCUCUGAGAGCUUGGCGGGAAAAGCUGUUUGCUUUUUCCUCGGAUCUUUUUGUUGAAUUUAAGAAGCAUGAUGCAGACGAGACUGGUUUCAUCUCCCUUGGCGACUGGGCAGCCAUCGUGGAGCUUGUGUCGCACCUGAGACUGCUGAGGAGGAUGCUGAAGCCGCAGCUGGCGAGCAGCUACAGUAACGUGCUGAAGUACAAGUCCUGGCUGGAGGACUCAGCCAGAGAACAACUGAGCCACACGAACACACAGUCAGGUUUCCUGGAAACACUGUAUCAAAGCCGAUCCAACCUGAAGACCGUUUUUAGGGUCAUGGACAGCGAUCAUUCAGGGUUCGUUUCUCUGGAUGAGUUCGGGCAGACCUGGAAACUGUUCAACUCUCACAUGAACACUGACGUCACAGAUGACUGCAUCUGUAACCUUGUCCGGAGCAUUAACUUCAACAAGGAUGGCCACAUCGACAUCAAUGAGUUCCCAGACACCUUCCACCUCGUGGAGCAGCCCUGCUCAGGGGGCGAUGCCUCCCAUUGCCCACAAGCCACAAACACUAAUGAGAGUGGCCGCAGCAGGCCAGGAGCACACUACAAACAGCCUGGUCUCUGCCGCGCAGAGGUGCCUCGCAAGCAAUACUGAGCUUGCUGCUGGAACAGCUCCCUUAUUCUCCAUCGAUCUGUGAACUUUAUGCUGGG